AUUGUUCUGCCAAUUUUAUAGGAAUCACUUUGUUGACAGUGUAGUGACCGUUACUUUAUAUUUUGAGGUGUUUGUUGAACUUCAAUUUGUUGUUCAUUUCAAUGACAUGGCCAACUGUGACAAUCAGACUAAGUCCAGAAAGGCGAAGACCAGUCGAGGACUCCUCGUUUACGGAGCCAAAGUCGGAGCCCUCUUCACCAGUCAAGUCAGUACACGAACAAAGUGACUUUACAGAGUUUGCAAAGGUUGUCUACAGACGGCUCAAGGUCUACCGUGGAAUCUACAUUUUCUACUCAAUCAUUACGUUUAUGCUCGGACUCCCCGUCAUGGUUACUGGGUUCAAAAAACAGUUUUUCAGUGGAGAUGUUGAGUAUCAGAUCCUGGAUUGUCCGCACUAUUUGGGGAUUGUAUCUAUUUUAUCCUGCUUUAUUUCCUUGUGGACAGCACUUAAAAACCAGAUAGUUAUCUGUGUGCUGACAUUAUUGACGGGGCUAGUAACUGUUAUAUCAGCCAUGAUCGUCCUGGUAACAAGUGCUCUGGAUUUAAGUGCCACGCCCUUCGAGGAUGUCUCUUCAACUGAUCCGACAAAACACCUCAAUCAACAGACUCACGUAGUGUUUAUAUUCAGUAUUGGCUUGCUCAUAGCCUCCCUUGCUAUUGUAAUCACAACUAUGUCUCACUUGUCAGCACGACGAGUAAAACGAGUGAAAUGUGACACGCCCAUCAAGGUUAGCUUGCCAACUGUUGAUGAGCGCAAGGAAGACCACAAUGACACGGAGCUGUUACAACCUCGAGGCCAUAGAUACUCAUUUGCUUCUACUAUUUCAUCACUUAUAAAACACGAACUUAAAGACAAUAAAAACAUGACUACUGAUACAAAAGACAGACUAAAAAAGACUCUUUCAUGUCCGUCCGAGACCAGCAAUAAAAAUGCUCCAGAAUAUGUGGGCAUUAUUGUGAGUGAUAGACCGAGGAAGAGUACUCAUUCUCUUCCAGUUGAUCGGUCUGAGUACAAUGAUGAUAUACUGGACAGAUGGAGACGGGCCUCAUUCCUAACAAAGUAUUAUAAAUCUAAUGGAGAGACAAGUAACGGGACAGCUGAGGAAGGAUCAAGUGCCAGUGUGUCUGAUAUACAUGCACACGAAAGUUCGGUAUAGCAGUAAAAAGAGUGCAGAUUACAAAGUUACAAGCAAACUACUGAGAUGAGAACAUGACUAUGAUAAUAAUACUUUUCCAUUUUGAUGAUUUGAAUAAUGAGUUAAUUCACCAGUUUUUAUAAUGUUAUUCUGAUAGUUUUAUUCCGCAAGUAUCUUCUUACAAACAACAAUAGUCAAAGUCUAAAUAAAACAAUUUACUUCCAUUAUAAUAUCUGAGUGUAAUACUAAAUGGGUGAUAGUUACACAGUAACCCAAGUCUUGGUGGUAAUGAAAAAUCUGAACUUU